AUGACUUCUGCACAAGAAUCAGGCACCAACCUGACAUGUGACGAUGGUAGUCAAUCACCUUCUUCGCCGCAGUCGGCUAGUACCACGGAGGAAACUACCAUAAGAGCGGUCAAUGUCCCCAUGGUGUGUUGCGCCCUCCUAGCUUCCAUGACUACGGGUGGUGCCACCUAUGCAUUUGGGUUGUAUGGAGGAACACUAAAAAAGAAUCUGCACUUGACACAAGCUCAAUUGGAUACAAUCAGCACGGCCACUUUUUUUGCGGGCAUGCUGAGUUGGCUUCCGGGAAUGUUCAUUGAUCGGUUUGGGACACGGUUGGGAAUUUGUCUAGGUGGACUCUCAGGUUCUUGUGCCUUGAUGUUGUACUGGAUUGUGUCCAAGGGUAUGGUAAUAUUACCGACUAAGGGUGAGAUAGUCGGUGUAUUGUCAGUCCUGGGAGUAGCCACCUUUCUUUCCUGUGCAUUGGUGACGGGUUCCGUGUUCAAGAUUAUUAGUUGCAGCUGCGGUGCUGGUACCAAAGGUGCUGCAGUCGGCGUGGCCAAGGGUUAUGUCGGUCUUGGUGCUGGCAUUUACACCUGCCUCUUUCAUUCCAUUCGACAACCGGGUAGUUCCGACUUGGACUUUUUGCCCAUGGCGGCAACACUCUUCAUUUUGGCAGCUAGUACACCAAGUCUGUUUCUGUUGCCCUCUGCAAAAGAUGACGGCAAGGUGGACGAUGUGCUGACUCCCUUACACUUUCGAGUAUUGUAUACCGCAUUGGUGACUUUGGCAGGUAUUGUCGUAAUUACCUCGCUGAAGGAGCUGCACGAGAGCCAUAACAAACAGCACACGUCGACGCACAAUUAUUUCUUGGCAGCUUUUAUUCUAUUGCUAUGGACUGGUUCUAUUGGUGUCCAAAUGUUCCUGCCACACAAUGAAAGCACACUUCUAGAAGAGGAAGAAGACCAGCAAGAACAAGAGGAUCUAUUGGAGCCAUUGUCUGGUUUUGGGGGACUUGAGGAGAGUCUCGAUCAAAUCGCCUCCACUUGUUCGGACGACGGAAGUAGUGCUGCUCAAUCCAGUUCGCAAGCGACAGUCGUCCACAGUAACACCAACAAGAACCUCUACCAAAUGUUGCAAACCCCCGAAGCUUGGCUCAUGCUGUGGACCACCACCAUUUUGGUGGGUGCGGGUACGGUGGAAACCAACAACAUGAGUCAAAUGGUGGAAGCCUUGGACUAUUCUCCGGAUGUGACUUCGGCCAGCUUGGCCCUCUUUUCCGUAGCACAAGCACUGGCCCGAGUAGCGACGGGAGCCAUAUCCGAGGCGGCCUUGAAUUGGAAGGGCAACGAAUGGUGGGGAUAUGGAGGGGUUCCUAGACCAUUCUUUCUGGUAGUGGCCAGUGCAGUAGGCAUUGUGGCUCACGCCAUCUUGGCACUAUCAGUACACGAAAGCAUGUUUGUCUUUGGAGUGACCCUUUCGGGUUGCUCCUUUGGAAUGGUCUGGCCCAUGAUGGUGCUCAUUGUGGGAGAUUUGUUUGGGACGGCCCAUGUGGGUGCCAAUUAUUUAUUUUUUGAUGGUUUCGCUUCGGCUGCUGGCACACUCUUGUUAUCCAAGUUUGUGGCCCAGAUGGUCUACGAAAGACACGCCGAGGCCGAUUCCAACGACAAUGGGGGCGUUGAGAUUUGCUCUGGACAGGCCUGUUUUGAGACUACCCAUCUAAUCAUUUCGGCAUUGAGUGGGACUUGUUUGGUGUCCAGCAUUGCCAUGUUGCGACGAACGCGACAUGCCUACAGCCGUAACAAUGCUUCUCCAAGCAGAAUAGACUAA